ACUCUUCUUCUGCAGUUUGUUGUUGUUUUCUGGCCGGAAGAAGAAUUAACUCAGAGGAAAACGGUCAGAGUGAGCCCUCUUCGCUGCCCCCCAAUCUGUGUCUCAUAGUAACGAUCACCUGCAGAAACACACCGGCAGCACGGAGCUCUCACUGACCGACACACCGGACCCGCUGCCGGCUCCGGGGAACCGAACGCCUGCGCGCCUCUCCGCUGCUGACUAAAACCGAUCAAUCGAUAAUCGGGAUCGAUCGACUCGGAUCGGAACCGGCGCGUGGCCUGCGGCGGGAUCAGAGGCACCAGAGCGGCGGACGAUGACGUCAGCGUGUGAAAGUCCCGAAUCUGGCCGCGUGAGCUGAUCGAUCGUUUAUCAGGUGUCCCAGUGCUCCCAGCGCUCCCAGUGCUCUUAGUGCGGUGCAGCAUGCUGCCGGCCUCCAUCCAGAUCACAGGGGAGUUGCUGUCGGCGGCCGAGGUUCAGGACAUCUGCGAGAGCCUAAAGGAGGACAGCGUGCGGCUGCUGUCCGUCCGCGGCUGCCAGCUCUCCGACCGCGACUUCGGCCGCGUCUGUCUCAGUGUGGCGGAGUCGAGCUCGCUCGCGCAGCUCAACCUCAACCUGGGUGUCGUCUCCGGCAUCAGCCGGACCCGGCACCUGGCCGACGCCCUGAAGGCCAACCGGUCCCUGCAGACCCUGUUUCUCCAUGGCAGCCCGCUGUUGGACGCCGGGCUGGUGACCUUGAACUCGGCCCUGUCGACCCACCCGGCGCUGGUCUGUCUUGAUCUGGGAGACUGCAUGCUGGGAGACGAGGCGCUGGGUCUGAUCUGUGGGAUGCUACCGCCUGACGGAGCAAAAUCAGGUCUGAGGGAGCUGACGCUGAGUGCUAACCCAGGAAUCAGCUCCAAAGGCUGGGCUCGACUUGCCAUCGCUGUGGCUCACAGCUCCCAGCUCCGAGUGCUCAACCUGGACUACAACCCGCUGGGCGAUCAGAUCGCAGGGAUGCUGGCGGUGUCUGUGGCGUCCAGCAGAACCCUGGAGGUGCUGGACCUGGAGGGGACCGGACUCACCAACCAAUCAGCACAGGUGUUCUUGGACAUGGUGGAGAACUACCCCACCAGUCUCAGGGUUCUGGUCUUGGCGGAGAACGACAUCAGUCCCGAGCUGCAGCAGCAGAUCUGUGACCUGCUGUCUGAGGGGGAGGAGGACGAUGACCGAGAGGCCCCGCCCCUAAUGCAAAGCCCCGCCUCCAGCAGCGCCGCCCUGCUGCCAAUCAGAGACAAGUACCAGCCAAUCAGAGACAAGUACCAGCCCCCCAACUGGCUCCCCCACAGCAACUCCAGCCCCCAGAUGGUCUUGCUGACAUCAGGUCUAGGUGAGAGCUUAUUGGCUGAGACUGAAAUGUGACCCCCCCACACCACCACACACUUCCGGUUAAACUACUUUCACUUUAUUCUGCUUCGUUCCGUUUGAAUGUUCCCGGUUUGUUUGUCUUCACUCCUCUGGGUUGUCAGAUCAACUGAUGGCUAUCAGCCAAUCACAUGCUCUGCAUGGUUUGAUGUAGCACCUGUACAUAGAGACUAGAACAGAGAGAGCGGCGGCACAAAACCUCAACACACAAGUGACUUACGGACGGUUUUAGUGUGUUUCUGAUGAAUGUAGUUCUGCUUUGUUGGUUCCUUCUGCUGCUCUGAUGUCACAAUAAUAAACUGUUUACAGCUUUGUAAGAACUGCGCCUGUGAUUCCUUCUUCCUCAGCAAGCUAACACUGCUAACAACGUUAGCUGAUGUCACAAUAAUAAACUGUUUACAGCGAAUAAGCUAAAAGAAUAUAUAUUAGAGAAAUGUUGCUAAUAGAAUAAACUAUUUGAGUAAUGUCGCUAACAAGCCAACCAGCAUACGACUGGCUACUUAGCUAGCUUACAAAUUCCC